CACACAUACACACACUCACACGUACAGACCCUACCUCUCAAUCCGCAAAGAAAAGAGAGCUUCUUAAACCAAAUACCACAACUAGAGUGGCUGGGGGACACUCACAAAUUGCAUUUAUCCUACCGAUGUCUUUAAGCGAGUAAAGAGAGAGAGGGGGAGAGAGAGUGAGUGAGUGAGAAACAGAGAGGAGCUUGCGUUUUGUUCCUACAUCGGAAAUUGCUUUCCAGCCGACAGUUAAGGCUUGGAGGAUUAAGUUCUUUUUUUCAGAAUUUUUAAGGUGGAUCAGAUAUCCUGGAAAGAAGAUCAUUUAGAGGCGAUAUUAAUAAACACGUAGACAGACAUAUAACACAAAAGAAAUGAGGAUGGAGGUCUUUUUGGGUGCGUGAUCCCGUUGCACUGGCUUGCACAGUACGUCCAGCACGGAGGAAUGAUCUAUACAUUGCUUUGACAUCUCAGUGUGAAAAAUCACCCCCUGGAAUUACUUUCACGCGGUAUUGGACCAUAGCUUUCUUUUGCACCGGAUUUAUUUUGGAUUGAAAUCUGAAGCUGUAUUCUAGAGAAGACAGAAUCUUCUUUGUAUGAACCAGGUCAAAAUAUAGACAGGGCCUGCAUCCAAAGGGAUCCUCCCAGUUGUCCUUUUCCAGCAAGGAUCAGCCUUGUGUGUUCUGUUGACGUUAUGCCCUCAGGACUCCAGGCAGCUUAUUAGGUUUGUGACGAUUGAAAGGAGGACAGCACACCUGAGACCCAAGGAUGGCUCUCAUGGACAAACACAAAGUAAAACGGCAACGACUUGAUAGAAUUUGUGAAGUGGUAGAGGAAAGGACUUGCCCUACACUUCCCAAAAGCAUCCGUCCUCAGAUCAUGAAUGGACCCAUGCACCCUCGUCCAUUAGUAGCACUACUCGAUGGGAGGGAUUGUACGGUAGAGAUGCCCAUCCUUAAGGAUUUGGCCACGGUGGCAUUUUGUGAUGCACAAUCUACACAGGAGAUACAUGAAAAGGUGCUGAAUGAAGCUGUAGGAGCCAUGAUGUAUCAUACCAUCACUCUAACUCGAGAGGAUCUGGAGAAAUUCAAGGCACUAAGAGUCAUCAUCCGAAUAGGUAGUGGCUAUGAUAACAUUGACAUCAAAGCAGCAGGAGAAUUAGGUAUUGCGGUAUGCAAUAUCCCAUCAGCAGCGGUGGAAGAAACUGCUGAUUCAACAAUGUGCCACAUCUUAAACUUAUACCGGCGAAACACCUGGCUGUAUCAGGCAUUGCGGGAAGGAACUCGAGUGCAGAGUGUUGAGCAAAUCCGGGAAGUGGCAUCUGGUGCAGCCCGCAUCCGUGGAGAGACCCUGGGAUUAAUUGGCUUUGGUCGCACUGGGCAAGCAGUUGCAGUUAGAGCUAAGGUGUUUGGCUUCAAUGUAAUCUUCUAUGAUCCCUAUUUGCAAGAUGGCCUGGAACGAUCCCUGGGAGUUCAACGUGUCUACACUCUACAGGACCUACUUUAUCAGAGUGACUGCGUCUCACUGCACUGCAACCUCAAUGAGCACAACCAUCACUUAAUCAACGACUUCACUAUCAAACAGAUGAGACAAGGUGCUUUCCUGGUGAACUCUGCACGAGGAGGGCUUGUGGAUGAGAAGGCCUUGGCCCAGGCUUUGAAAGAAGGAAGGAUACGGGGAGCGGCACUAGACGUGCAUGAGACUGAACCUUUUAGCUUUGCCCAAGGACCCCUGAAAGAUGCUCCUAAUUUAAUCUGUACACCGCACACUGCCUGGUAUAGUGAGCAGGCAUCACUGGAAAUGAGAGAAGCCGCCGCCACGGAGAUCAGGAGAGCCAUCACUGGUCGAAUCCCAGACAGUCUCAGAAACUGCGUCAACAAAGAAUUCUUUGUCACCACUACACCGUGGUCAGUAAUGGAUCAGCAAGUUGUUCAUCCAGAGCUCAACGGGGCUGCUUACAGGUACCCACCUGGAGUGGUAGGAGUGGCACCUGGGGGAAUUCCAGGGGCAAUAGAAGGCAUGGUACCUGGGGGAGUGCCCGUCCCUCACAGCUUGCCAACUGUUACACACCCCUCUCAGACUCCAUCACCGAACCAGCCGGCAAAACACGGGGAAAACAGAGAGCAUCUGACUGAGCAAUAGCAGCCGAAGUGAGCCGGUGACACGAGUGGGACCAAACAGACGUUAAACACAUCCGUCAACAUACACACAACUGGGAGCAGCAAUGUGAAUUUGUACUUUUUCUUUGUUGCAUAUCAGUUUGGUUUUUUAACAACUAAAUGCCAGUUUUUUUGGACGUUUCUUUUUUGGAUGUCCAGUGUUACCUUUUCACACACUAAACAAAGCAAAGAUACACAAGCUGUGAUGGAAGAACUUGCUUCCAGAACUCGGGCGAAUGUUGACAAUAUUGCUGUGGGUUCUUUUGAUUUCUAAUCAACCUUUUCCCGGUCCUCAUGUUAGUUAAUGUGUUUUACAUUUUUCAUUAACUUUUUAUUAACAAAACAGAAAGAAACAGACAAGAGUGUUUCUUUUGUUUCCUCCCAAAAACAAAGAGAUCAGACAUCUGGGAAAAGAACAAAACAUACUCCUAAUCCAGUGCAGCAGCAGCUGAACACCUGACCUUUGACUCUUUCCUGACCAUCCUUGCCAAGUGUGAACCAAAAACUUCAGCAGGAUGUAUUGUCCCGUUUAGUAGGAGAGUGUGAGGGGUUGUGUGUGUGUGUGUGUGUGUGUGUGUAUGUGUGCUCAAAUACCAUUUAUGAGAACAACAUGACGUGUUUUAGCACAAAUGACAUGGUCCUCGAUUGGAUGCCAGGGGAGGCCCUUAUCAAUAAAAGCUGAAUUAGUUUAUUUAAAAACGACAAGGAAGGUAGCCAUUCCAAUGGUAGAAAGCAUCCCUCCAGCCAUCCGGGAGAUCUAAGAUGGACUUAAGCUCCUGUUGGUCACAGUAACAAAAAAUAAGACAUGCAGAAAAACAGUAGAGGCCUUCAGUCUCCUACCCUGGAACGGAAGACACUUUUGAUGAGGACACGUUGUUGCCAAAAGCGGACAGAUAUGGGAUCAAGUCUAACUACAGGACUGCUCAUGUUAUACUUCAUAUUAAUAUGUGGAACAUCUGGGCUGGAAAGGGUCAGACCCAACUGGAUUUCUUCUUGACUCAGGAAACCACUUUUUGCAGAUAUUCUCUUCCCCUGACAUUUGUCUGAACAAGAUAAACACAAAUAAUAAUGAUGAAGAAAAAAGAAAAAAAACACAAGUUCAGAAUCCUCACCUUUGUUUCUUCAUUGUAAUAUUUUUUAUAUUAAAAAAAAAAAACAUCCUGUGUUAGAUGUUAAAAGAGUUUUGGAGAGUCCUGUUAGAUUUGUAUUACCUAGUUAAAUGUUCUUAUACUCAGUCUUCUGUGAAACAUUUUUUGUUUUUUAUUUUUCCUUUCUCUUUUUUUCCUUCAUUUUGUUUUAUCUCCGGCCAAUGUGGCCCAUGGGCACAAAUCAGUGUAUACUCGGAGGAAGCAGCGCCAUCAGUGUGUGCCCCACCAAUAGCAAGCAGCAGCUGCCAGCAGUACGUUUGGUUUUAUUCGUGAGUAUUUGUGUUUGUUUAUUGUACAAGGUGGACAUUUAGCAUCCAGUGCAGUUCCAAUAAAAAAAAAAAGAAACAAAAAGUACAAUUCUAAAAUCAAAUGGUUUUCUCUUCAAACAAAGAUUUGUUCCUGUCUGCCUUAUUUCUUUACAAGUUUUGGGGAUUUACCACCUCUGCUUGGCAUCGCACAAUUUGUACCAGUUUCCUACUUCUUUUUUCAGGUCUUGUCUUUUUGCCAUACUAAUGAACAGAUUGUGAGACAUUUUAUUUUUCCACAUAAACAUUACUGAUUUCUGCUGCUACUGCAAUCUCAUUGGAGGGCACCCUAAAGCAGACACUCUGCUCAUCCCGACUGUUCUUUCUAUCAGACAGACCACCUCUGAACAAACGUGUCUGCUGUUACUUUUAUUCCACAUGGUCAAGUGUAAUAAAACUCUCUGGAUGUCA